GGGGGCGCGGCUGGCGGUCAGAGGGGGCUGCCGCUGUCAGGGGGCUGGGCGGUCCGGGCGCUGCCGGGCCUCGCUGUGCGCUCCCCGCAGCCUCUGGGUGGCUCGGGACGAGGAGCAGGCGUGGAGCGCUGCCGCCGCCUCCCCGGCCCCUCCGGCCCAGCCGCUGCACGAAUUUGUGUGGCUGAUUUUUAUUUCCUUAUUCUUUAAAUCGAGCCGUAACAACGUGUGUGUAGUCAGCAAACGGUCUCCUGACACCCUGGCUUUGUCUGCUCCCCCCAAACAUAACAUUGCUUUUCUGUCCAGUGCCACCAGUUUGUCAGCUGGAUGGUGGUAAUAGCCCGAGGCUGCUGCAGGAGGGCGCAGAGGAAGCGGGGAGGCUGUGUGAGCUUGUGCUGAGGUAGAAUUUGAAGCAAAACGACCCCUGGCCUGGCUGUCAGCACACACUUCCAGUGAUCUGUGCUUUGUUUGAAAUGCAGCUGUCAUCACAGAUGAUGGAAACUUCUGCACAGGCCUGCAGCUCCCUGCUGAAAGAGGUGUCUGGGUGACGUGAUUGCUUGUCCUUGGGAAAUAGGGGUAGAUAUAAUAGCACAUGAGAGGAGCAGGAAGUGGCACCUUUUAUGUGUCAGUGGCAUUUAUCCUCCCCAGCAAGGUACCAGCGUGCAGUUUGGUGUGUGUGUGGCUCUGGUUGUAGGAGUAGAUUAUGAUGGGACAAGACAUUAAGCACCUGAGAGUGUGGGAGAGAGAAGGGUGCUGGGAAGUUUCAUCCUAGCUGCCUCAAGAUGUGAAUGAAGUCCUUGAGACCCAGAAGGCUGGCUAGACCUGGAGUUGGAAGGCAGAGGGGAAAAAAUGAGUGGAAUGCAGUAGCUCUGUGGGCUUGGGACAUUGUGGUUGAUAACUGUGCCAUUUGCAGAAACCAUAUUAUGGAUCUAUGCAUAGAAUGUCAAGCGAACCAAGCAUCAGCUACCUCUGAAGAGUGCACGGUUGCAUGGGGUGUCUGCAAUCAUGCUUUCCACUUCCACUGCAUCUCUCGCUGGCUCAAAACUCGCCAAGUAUGUCCGCUGGACAACAGGGAAUGGGAGUUCCAAAAGUAUGGACACUAGAGAGAUGGUCGCCACGCUUCUUCCUGUGGCAUCAGCCUCAGUUGUUCUUGUCACUAUGGGUUUGUUUUAGCAACUUGAAAAAUCAGUAAUGUACACCAUUCUUCUUCAAUCUUGUUGUAUUGAAUAAAAUCCUGCUGGAGCUUCCUGUCAAA